AUGAGACCCAUUCAUAUUAUCAGUGUGGGCCUAGCCUAUGGCGCAACCCCGUCGCUAGCCAGUUCGCUGGAACAUCGAACGUCCUCUGUCGCAGAUACGAAUCUCCUCGACACUCUCUCCAGCGCGGCAAAUGAUCAGGGUGAGUGGGAUCAGGGUGAGCGGAAUGCACUCUCCAAUCUCGUCUCGCAGCUGCAGCAAGUCGGAUCCAUCUUCACUCCGAACACUCCGAACGAAGCGUUGUCAGAUCUCCAGCACAGUUAUGGCUUGAAGGGAUACUCCAACAUCGUGGACAUAGCCUGGGAUAUCACCGCAGCGGGCCUUAUCCCUCCGGAGAUUCUAUCUUUCCUGAACGGGUACACCGACAGCGAGCUAAACUCGCUCGAUAACCAGAACCCGGCCCCCGAGGACGAUAUAUAUCCCAAGAGCAGCGAAGAUGCGCCGUACUCUCUUUCCGAGGAAACACUCCGAUCGGCCAUUCACAUCCCCGAGACCUUCGGCCAUGGGCGCAAUGGUAAGAUCCCCGUCGUUUUGAUUCCCGGCACGGCCAUUCCUUCGGGAACAACCUGGUACUAUUCCUUCAGCAAGCUCGGAGACAGCACCGACGCCGACGUUGUAUGGGUGAACCUGCCACGGGCAUCACUCAACGAUGCACAAGUCAGCGCCGAAUACGUGGCUUACGCAAUCAACUACAUUUCAUCCCUCUGCGGCAAACCAGUUGCGCUGAUCUCCUGGUCCCAGGGGGGACUAAAUACCCAAUGGGCCCUGAAAUACUGGCCAUCAACUCGACCGGCACUGCAAGACUUCAUCGCUAUGAGCCCCGACUUCCACGGCACAAUCGUCGAAGCAGCGAUCUGCCCAGCCCUAACAUACAUAGCCUGCACACCCUCAAUCCUCCAACAGGCCUGGGAAUCCAAUUUCAUCACAACCCUCCGCUCAGACGACGGCGACUCAGCCUACGUCCCAACAACAGUAAUCUACUCAAGCUUCGACGAAAUCGUAGAACCCAUGUCCGGCCCCGAUGCAUCGGCCCUUCUAGGCGACAUGCGCAACGUCGGCGUCACCCUCGCGCACAUCCAGACCGUCUGUGCCGACCAGCCCGGAGGGACCUUUUAUACGCACGAGGGAGUCCUGUACAACCCCCUCGCAUGGGCACUGGCAAUCGAUGCAAUCACGCAUGACGGGCCCGCCAACAUAUCCCGCCUGAAUCUAGGACAAGUGUGUGGAAUGAUUCUGGCGCCUGAGCUGGACUUGCUGGACUUAUUCGGUACCGAGGGCCUUUUGCUCGUUGCGGCGGCGGAGCUAGUAUCUUACAAGCCGCAGGCCGCGCGUGAGCCACCCAUCGCAGGGUACGCGUCGCAUGGAGGCGGGGCGUGA